AAGGUCUGCGCGUGGCAUCUUCACUUGGCCAUUCGCUUCGCGGACGUAGUGCGUGAAGGUUGGUUCUGUUACUGCGCUCAUCCGCAAUGUCUGCCAAGCUUUACAGCGUUCCGACAAGCCCCACGUGUGGCUUCGUCCGUUGUGUGGCGAAGCACCUCAACGUGGCGCUAUGUGUGAAAAACCUGGAUUUCUCCAAGAACGAGCACCUUACCGAGGAUUACAUGAAGCUUAACCCAUUCCGGAAAGUGCCGACGCUGGAUGAUAAUGGAUUUAUUGUUCACGAAAGCACUGCCAUCACCUAUUACCUGCUGCGCAAGUACGCCCCUAAUUCGCCGUUGUACCCGGACUGCCCGUUGAAACGCGCCCGUAUCGACCAGGUCCUGGCUACCAUCUCCAACACGAUUCGGCCUCACUUUGUGGAAUAUUGCCGCCAAAUCUUCUGCGAAGACAGAAAACCCACCGCUGAGGAAAAAGUAUUGUUCAAUUGUACCGUCAUUCAGGGGUUGCAGCAUCUUAUCCAAGGACCGUUCGCAGUUGGCGACAGCCUCACGCUCGCCGAUCUCUCAAUCAUCGCCAACCUGACGAUCGCUUUCACGAAUGGCUUCGUAGACAUAGACAAGUACCCCGCUCUGGAAGAGUACUACGAUCGUAUUAUGGACCAGCUUCCCUACUUCAUGGAGAUAUUCGCAGAAGCUGUCGGUAGUAUCCAGCAGCGUUGGUCACAGAUCCUCGACCGUCCUCUCUCUCCGAUGUCUGAAGACGAUGAAGAGCCUAUGAAUGGCACUGAACUGCCGCCAGAGUAACAACCUGGCGCUUCAAAUAAAACAAGCUUUCUCUGAA